AUGCUACGGCCAACUUUCAACAUUCCCUGCAGCACCGAUUCGAUUCAUUACUUCCACAACGAAUUCAAUUAUAUUGUUGGUGCAUUUUCAAUUUUCUUCAAUUCAUUGGUCAUCUACUUUAGUCUAAAACAAACCAUGGAGUUGAAGAUGUACGCCAAGUUGAUUGGACUCGACUCGUUCUUCAAUAUUUGUUUCACACUGACAAGAAGUAUUGUGGGACAGGUGAGGAGCGUUUUUUUACAAUACAGGAAUUGAAAGUGAUCAUAGUAAGUGAAGGUGACAUUCUUGUCGAACGAAAGAUUUUGACGAAGCUUGAGAUAAAUGAAGAUUGACAUGAAUUUUAAGACAUUUGAAAAAAUGAAGUUUGCGCUUUGCAGAAACGACCGAGAUUUUUCGGCCGAAAGUUACAAAAAGUUGACGCUUCUUUCGACAGGGGAAGUACUCCAAGUGCGACGCUCAGAUUUUGAUGAAACUUGGCACAAAUUAAGAAUAAUUUUUUCUCAGAUAUAUGCGAGAAUCAUAGCUCGCGCUUUGCAGAAACAAUCGAGAUUUUUAGAUCGAAAAUCGGCGAAAAUUUAGGACUUUUUGCCGAAUUUUGCCACCAAAAGUAUCAUGCCUAUUUCUACUGUAAAAUAUAAUGUUUCUACAAAAAAUCAAAUUUUUCCGCACGAAACUGCCAAAAUUAUGGCCAAAAAGCGCUUUUCUCUCUGACCGCUCUCCACGUUUAACGUACUCUCUCGGCGGCAAAAAUCGUUCGAUAUCUUGGCGGCGCCCGCAAAGCACGAGCUAAAACUUUUAGGAAUUGAUGUGUAAUCCAUACCCGACGUGUGUGCAAAAUUUAAAGAAAAUCUUGGAGUACUUCCCCUGUGAGUGCAAAUAGGGUCUUACAAAAAACGUGAAGGAAAGCGGAAGGCUAUAACUUCCGGCGGAGGCGGCGCAGAGACUUCGUAUUUGAAAUAUGUAUUUUUAAAAGACAUAAGUUUUUGUCUACGAAAUAACAAGCUUUUAAAGUGCAAACUGAGGUCGCUACGACCCUCUGAAGUAGAGGCAUCUCUGCCCCGAAAACCAGGGGUUUCUCGGUUGAAAAUGAUCGAGAAAUGUCGGACUUUUUCGGUUGAAAAUCACCAGGAAAUGUCGGAUUUUUUGUAAGACCCUGUAUAUCUGUUUGACGGGAAAAUAGUGAGCGCUGUGUCGCAUCGAAAAUGGAGUCGUUGAAGUGAAAAUCAAUUUUAUCGCAAUGCAAUUCAUUUCCCCGGCGGCGAUGCGAUUUUUGAUUUGAUAGAGUGCUCAUUAUUUUCCCGACAGACUGAUAAUACUUCGUAUAAGAGGGGUGUAAAUUCAAAUUUCUUUUAGGCCACGCGUUUCAGCCAUACCGACUUUUGUCUCUGGCAACUUGCAGAGCUCAAGACAGGAUAAGAGGUGUCCUGAACGGCACAAUAAAAAGAACUAUUCGCAUCUCGCGUAGUUUUGGCUUUAUUUGUGCCUUGUAGAGUUCAGAAGAAAGAAAUUGCCAUGGCCGAACAAAAUUUGAAUUUACCCAGAACCCCUCUUAUAUGGUGAAGUUCAAGUAGAGACAGACGAAAAAGAAAGAUACGCAAAUACAAUACAGUUUUUUUCGACUUUCAAUCAUCCAAAAUACAAACACCAUUACAAAAUUCAAGUACCCCAAUCGCCUUUUAACUUGCAUUUUCUCAUCUUUCAGCGACCAAUCACCACGCCCGAUUACUUUUAUUUCUUCACCGUGGGCAACGCUUUCAUGUACAGCUCAAAUGAAAUGCAGUUGUUCGGAGUGGUCCUCACCUACACUGUUGUUUAUUUUCACGGCGGAAUCCCGUGCAUUCAGUUCUUUUACCGCUACAGAGCACUCCGCGACGGAGACGUCGCAGUGCGAUACAUUGGUGGGGCGUUCGCGAGUUUGUUGACCUUUGCGCUCACCAAUGGCCUAACAUGGAUUUGGGUGGUGGAGCCGGAGCCUGAAGGGUUUUAUGAAGCCAUUUUUGGCGGAGUGGAAGGCUGCAAUAUGAGUCGUUUGCCGACUAUUACGAUUGUUUAUAAGGUAAGCAUAGGAAGGUGAAACGAACUGCGAACUGUACAACGAAUGAAAGCGGGAGAAAAAAAUGUUUGUUAUAAAGAGACUUUGUUGUAUGGAGAUUCGCUUUGGCCUCAACUUGGCUUUUGAGACAUUAUAAAUUGUUUGUUUUGGAGAGUUUUUGUUAUAUUAGAGUUUGUUGUACUUGCUAUACUAGUCCGUUCGUAAAGUCGCUGGAAUGUUUUCGGCGACAUGAACUCCGCGAAAGCGAAAGUUCACUUUGCACUGUGCAUUUUUUGGCUUUUUGCACAGUGCAAUAGGCUUUUUUGGGCUGUCGCCCGCACCCUGAGUUUUCUUGCACAGUGCACGUCGCCGAAAUCAUUCCAGCGACUUUACAAACGGACUAGUAUUAGAAUUUGUUGUACAUAGCAAAGUGCAAGAUAAGAACCGCGCAUUUUUCCGACUACAAGUCGUUUCAGAAAAUGCGUAGAUUUUUUGGCGUUUACACUUUCAGUUCAAUUUAUUUUCACUAAUCACAUGCAAAAAAUUAUGAAAUGGUUUCCAUUGUCCGGUCAGGGCGAGAUCGCUCCAUCGGAGGGAAUGAUUUUUGCCAGCAUCGUCGAUCCGUUUCAUCCUGCAGCGCCUAAACGUUCGUGUAAACAGUGACGGACCUGGCCCAGCGGCAAAAAAUUUACCAUUUUGCAUCCGGGAAGUAUCAAAAUGCGGCGAAAUGCUUGCGCGCUUUUGGAAUCGGAGUUUUUUUACUUGGAGAAGCAUUUUACCACAUUUUUGAUACUCCCUGGAUGCAAAAUGGUACGUUUUUUGCCACUUGAUCAGCUCCCCCACUGUAUUAGGAUAUCGAAGUCAUGCUGAUCAUUUCCGUUCUCAAUAAAAAUGAAACUGCACUUUGUCCAGCAUUUUUUCGCUAAUUUUUCUUCCUUCGAGCUUAUUUUUCCACCUCAAAAUCUCGUAUUUCAGAACACAGCCUUCAACAAAGUGCACAACUUUUUCGGAAACGCCGGCUUGUGCAUGAUUUUUGCCCUUCUCCUCUGCUUUGUAUUUAUGUCCUGGAAAACGUACCGCGAGAACGUUGCAAAGAUGACCUCGAAGACGAGGCGUUUCAACAAAAGCGUCAACCUUCUAUUUUUGCUACAGGUACAGUGUGAAGUACAUUUUUUUCCGGUACAAUUUUUAUAGUUCUUUUCAAUUUUUUGGACUCAAAAUUUCGAAAAGUUAUAAUUUCCCAACUUCAGGCCGUGCCUCCAUUUGUCUUCAUGCUGGUGCCAAAUCUUCUGUUCGCAAUAAACAUUUUGCCGGCCAGUCUGAUGAGUUACACCACAAUCGCACUCGGCGUGGGCCCCGCGAUCUCUCCGCUCUUCGACGCCUUAACCGUGCUCCUUGUGUUGCCCUCGUUUCGACGUCGAUUGUGGCGAACGUUUUGCGGAAAACAAGAGAAUUCGUUGGAGGUCACGGCUACAGUCGCUAGAUCUGUUACGAAAUGA